GAAGAGGGAGGGGCCGGGCCGUGUCUGGGCGCAUUGUUCCGCGCUCCUCUGCCAAGAAGUAGGUGACUAUGAACUCAUCCCUCGCUCCUCGCAGAAAGUUUGCCGCCUUCCCCCCCUGCUCCCCUCCCCUCCCGCCCGCUGGCGCGGCAGGAGGCAGCUCGCAGCCCGGCGCUGGCCCUGGAGUCCCCGCUCCUGCUUAAUAUUCCGCCCGCUCCGCCGAUGUUGUGCUUGGCUCCGGUGGGACCGCAACUCACGGCGUGAAACCGGAGCCAAUUUUCUGUCUUAGUCUCGCAGUGUUUUGACUGGAGGCAGAUCCAGUUCAGUCCGAUCGGGGCUAGUGGAAACAACUACCUAAGUCUCGGCUGUCUGUAUCGUUUGGGAGGGAAGAAAGAAGAAAGGAACGCGAUCCCGGACAGCUGGGCGCGCUCUCUCUCUCUCUCUCUGACACACACACACACACACACACACGCACCGCAGACACACGCACCCAGACAGGCAGACUCGCACCCCGCCGGUGCCGAGCGCGCCGUGCCACCGCCGCCGGGAAGAAAUGGGAAGCCUGUGAGCGGAUCCGUGCCGGUGCCGGCGCCCGCGAUGACCCUGGUGCUGCCCAUGCAGCGGCUGGGCCGCCCCAUCGCCGCCGAGGGAGCCGCCGACCUCGCCGCCUACCGCGCCCUCUGGGAGCCGCCCUGGCGGCGGAGCGGCCGAGGGGCAAAGUUAUGCGAAAAUAUGCGGCGGCGUUCUCCUGUAGCGCGAAGGGAAAUGAAAAGUAUUUUGUUUGGAGAACCUCCGGCAAACCGCAUGUCAUUUGUCAUAUCUGAUUUAUUACCCACAGGAUCACAUUACAGGGGAAUUUCAAAUCCUGUAACAACAUCCAAGAUCACAUACUUUAAAAGGAAAUAUGUGGAAGAAGAGGAUUUUCAUCCACCACUCAGCAGCUGUACACAUAAAACAAUCUCUGUGUUUGAGGAGCGGGCCCAUAUUCUCUACAUGUCUUUGGAAAAGCUGAAAUUCAUUGACGAUCCUGAAGUCUACCUGCGCAGAUCCGUCCUCAUCAACAAUCUCAUGAAGAGAAUCCAUGGAGAGAUCAUCAUGCAGAACAACUGGUGCUUCUCCACCUGCUCCUUCAGUGGCACCUCCCCACAAGAGUGGUUUGUGCCUCAGGACUGUCCAUACAGAAAACGCCUUCGCAUGGCAAAGGAGGAGUACGAGAAGCUCCACAUGUGCUGCUUCUAUCAAGAAUGUGGCAGUCACUAUUUAAAUCUACCCUACUCUGUUAAUGCUAGUACAGAAAGUAAUUCCCCUUCUUCCUCCUCUUCCUCCUCCUCCUCCCCUCCCAUCUCUUUGCCAAGCUGUUCCCAGCAGGUGGAUUAUGAAGUUGGCAGCGCACCUUCUUACAGAAAUGAUGACCAGAUACCUGCUAAUGAAAUAUUCUUCACGAAUGGCAGGUCUCAUAGUAAUCAGGAAAAGGCAAAAUUUAAUGACAAGAAUGGAGGUAAUGAACCUGAGAGAGAAAGCAUCACCCUAAACUGUGAACCUGUAAGAGGCACCCAUGCUCUUGAAUGUAAAGGCAAAUUUUAUGACUGUUUUGAGACUGGAUGUAAUGACAAGAGCAACGUAAGUGAAUCUUGGAAAAAAUCCUUAAGGAAAAAGGAAUCUUUACCAAGUAAUAAAAUCUGCUGCAACAAAGGAAGUAAAAUAUGAGGCAUCUUUCUUGCUCUAUUGAAGCAUGCACAGCAUGUUCCUUCUCUACCAAAUUUUUAUUUUGAACGAAUUUUUUAUAGUUUUCUACGAAUGGUACAAUCAUGCCACAAACGUGACGUGUAGAGCAGAUUGCAUAAAGUGUCUCUGCCAUCCGCAUCAGGAGCUGUUUAUAAAUGUGGAGACUUCAGAAAGAACACAGUUGCAUUACUGCUGAGCACUGUAGUCUAUGCAGCUAUGGUGGAGCUUUCGUUGCUGAAAAUGCCAAUCAGCCAGAUGGGGAAAACAUAUCGUUUUACAUAUCCCCACCCCCAAGAAGUCUGCCAUUAAUUAAGAAGAACUUCCAUUAUGUUUACCAAGGAAUUAGAAGUCUGGUAAACAAAUUGAUGCUACCAGCAAGGAGGAUAUGCUCCUUGUAACUCAGUAUUCAUUCUGAUAAAGGACUGUCUUCAUGGAUUGGGAAUAAACCAUCCUUACGUUUUGUAGUGAUACUCUUGAAUUCCUGUAUUCAGCAUCUUGUUCAACUGACAAAAUAGGACAUAGCAUAAAGAAAUAACCUGUUUAUGGAAUCUUAAUCAGAAUCAAACAUGCAGCUCAAGUACCUGCAUGUUUUCACCUCGGCUGUAAUAACUAAUGAGGUUUGUUGUUACAGAGGACAGGUUUUUUUUUGGUGCCUUACUUUUUGUCUUAAUUUUUGCCAGUGUGAAAAUUAAGUAUGAAUCUGAUACAGCAGGGAUUUAACCUAAACAGAGAUUAAAAAGAAACCCACAGGGUGGAUCAAUAUUAUUAGAAACCUUUAACCUUUGAAGUACUGAGUUCAACUUCCUAUUCAAACAUCUCUGUUCUUCCUUUUUGAUGCUCAAUUGCUUUUUGAUUUGCCAUCCUUAGGAAGGGAUUUAAGAAACAAUAGAGAGAUGUCUCUUGUAAACAAGCAUUCGAUGCUUGAGUGUUUCUAUGGCAACUGUCUGUUGCUGGGGCUCUUUUUUUUUCUUCUUCGUAUAAUGAAGUUCAUGACCCAGUGGCAUGUUUUAUACUUUAUUCUGUUUCACAUAAUUUCUAUAUUUUAGAUUGCAAAAGCAUGCGGGAGUUUUCUAUGACUUUUGCCGUUGAUUUAAAAAAAGACAAGAAGGCAAAAAGCACAAUGUUUAUUAAUAAUGUGGCGAUAAACGCAGUUUUAUCUGAAUGAAUGUAAGGGGUUUAAUUUUAAAAAAGAACAUUUUGGAGAUUUCAGUGGCUGAGAACAACAUUAGUUAUCCCAAGGUAGAUUGAUUGCAAAUGUGUGCUGUGUAAAAUGCCCAGAAGACAUUAGUUGGGGUUGGACCAAGAGUGAGUCUUAGAUUCACCAAAUUAAUUAGUUCCCACACUCCCCAUAACAACUGGCAGGAUGUGCUCAGCAAAAUAGCCACAUCCAGGCCACAGCUGACUCAUAAAUAGCUGCCUGUUCCCACAGCAUCUUGCACUCAAGUGACAUCUCCACUUGCUUCUUGCCCAAAGGGGGAAAAUCACCUCUGUGCUGGGGGAGCAGCCAGCUCAGUGCAGGGCAUGAGUGUCCCCAAGGGGAAACAGCCCCGUGCUUGGCACUGGAGUCAGACAGGUCUCUGGGACUGAGACCUUCUGCUUUGGGUUUCAUGGGUUCAGCUGGAGGAGUCCUGAGCCAUGGUUAUUUUGGGUAGCAAAAUACAUUUUCAGACUGUAUGGUCUUUUUCAGAAAGCCCAGUGGUCACAGGAAAAAUCUACCCAGCCAAGGUGACCACAAACACAGCAGGAUAUAAAUCAAUGAUAACCUUUAUGAAGUCAGGUGAGUGUAAACCAAUAAGUUUGUAAGGAUUAUCAUUGGGAAAAAUAACAAAUAAAGAAAGUACAAGUCCCACCUGAUUUCUCCAAGACAGAAGCUUUUUUAUUAAUAAUAAUAUUAUUAAAUAUAGAUCUCAUUCAUACAGUGUAUGAGUAGGAUCAUCAUUUAGACAUUUGUCCACAAGGACCAAUUUUUUAAAAAAACUGAUUUUUCUUGUGUUAUAUCCAGAUAGUCUAGUAAUGUCUGCUCUUUUCCAAUAUUUGAUAAACGCUUGAUGUUUUAAGCUUAAAUAUUAGAUGCUUGUAUACUAAUGUGUUGUUGUAGUAAAGUGAAAUUUCCUUGAUAUAUAUUUAUUAAAAUGACCAAAAUUCAUUUUAA